AUGAGUGCGGUUGCGAUCCCUUUUGAUCCUGUUUUUGAUAUGGCGCCCAGAUCAGCCUUUACUUGGCCCGGACCUUUGUACUCGACUUCAGCAACCCACAACAUUUUUCAAACCGAUAUCGGUUCGUUUUUGGGCGGCUCGGAUACCAGAUUAACGCCUCCCAGUGAAGCGACGUCACUUGCUUCCAGCCCUAUGGGCGCACCUAUGACUCCAGGCCACCAAGAGAUGAGGAGACCGAAGACCAGAUCUCGCCGAGACUUGAAGCUGACGGCUAGAAUGAGGCGUGCCGAGAGCGCCUCUUAUACAACGUCGCCGCCACCGAUGGGCUUGACCGAUGUGUCUGCUGCGAUCCCUCUUUCUCUCUACUCGACGGAACCAUCGAUAUCCCUCCUUCCGGAGCCUCCUUCCGGACUGCAUGCUCAAAGCUAUUUUUCCUCGUUGAACUUGCCCUUGCAAGAGAAUUCAUCCAGUUCACAAAUGUUCGCCCCGCCUCCCUAUCAACAGCCAAUGCCUCUAGCGUACAGCUUAUCGCUGGACUAUCCCACUCUAUACACUGGACCAAGCGAAUUGGGUACUAGAAGCACUUCUUUACCCAUCUCGCACGAUGAUGGCCUAUUGUAUCCCAUGCAAACGGUGCCUGGCGAGAACAAUGCAAGUAACGCACAGGAAAGCAGCCAUGUUAGAGUCGUACAGAGCAGACCGAAACCGAGAUGCUGGGAACACGGCUGCAACGGCAGGCAAUUUUCUACUUUCAGUAACCUGUUACGACAUCAACGGGAGAAAUCAGGCCAAGCGGCUAAAGCUGCAUGUCCCAACUGUGGAGCGGAAUUUACACGGACCACGGCAAGGAACGGUCACUUGCUGUACGACAAGUGCAAACAACGGAAGACAAACUGA